UGUCUCUCUCCAGCAGGAAGGGGCACCAUGCCUGAGGCAGGUGCGGAGUAAAGCCAGCAUCAUUCUGCCUCUCGCCUCCCGACUAAUGGACUCUUGGGCACGCCUCCACUCCACAGAUACCGAAGGGCAACAGGACUUGGUUCAAAGGACAAAACACAAUGAGCUGAAUGACGAUUCCCUUUCACCAUAUCAAACUCAGCCAAGGAGUUAAACAAAAGCUCUGGCUCAGAAUACAAGGCGCUGUUGACUUGUUUGGUUUUAUUUCCCUUUGAUUUCAAAAGGCUGCAGCAAGUGGAUGGUGUUCACAGCAGGGCACUGAAGGUACUAAUGAGGUAUCUUUACAACGAGGGCUUAUAACUCCAGCCGGAGAUGUGGAUGGAGCUGUUCUCCCCGUCCGCUCACAGCUCACUCAGCCUCUCACCGGUAGCGCUCUGAUCCGUGUCUCUGAGCUGGAUCCAGAUUAACUGUCGUUCAGUAGACCAGCGAGAAGGAGAGAGGGAGCGAGAGAGAGAGAGAGGGAGCGAGAGAGAAGGAGAGAGAGAGGGAGCGAGAGAGAGAGAGAAAAACAUGAAGCUCUUCCUCACCAGCAAGCUGCAGGAGUUCAACAUUAACGCUAAGUAGCCCAGCUGAAGCCCUGGAUUAACAGCUGAACGCAGGCUUCCUCAAACCCAUGCAUCCAUCGCUGCUUGAAUUUCUUUAUGGGUUCAGCCAAUGAUGUGAGUUACAGCCUCUGCCUCCAGCUCGUUACUACAGCAGAUCCACAACUCUGGCAGCUGUCCAAGGCACCUCACUCGCACAAAGAGGAGAGGGCUUGCGGGCGGCGUUGGUGAGGGGUGGGCUCCAGGUUGUCUCUGCUGAGCCGUGCACCUCCCCCGGCCUUCCUCGGAGCCCCCGCGCUUCUCCCACGGAGGCCGUCGGCCGCUUUGCGCCCUGAGUUCUGCUCCUUCUCCAACCGGUCCCCGGAUGAGAGUCCCCAUGGAGUUGCGCUUGAUGGCGGGACUGUGGAGUUCAGUCCUGACGGGGCAGGUGCUGAUGUGGGCCGGCACGCACGGCGGCAAGGUGAAGCCGGCCGAGAAUGUCACCAAGCCCUGGUACCCCGACUCGCCCCCAGGCUCCACGGAGACCCCCCUGAACUCGGACAGGUGCCGGGGCUACUACGACGUGAUGGGCCAGUGGGACCCCCCGUUCAACUGCAACGCCGGCACCUACCUCUUCUGCUGCGGCACCUGCGGCUAUCGCUUCUGCUGCGAGUUCCAUCAUGACCGGCUGGACCAGAGCACCUGCAGUAACUACGACACCCCCAACUGGGCCAACACCAGCAAGCCCCCCGUCAAGGUGGACGAGAACGUGGAGGACCCCGACAAGGACAAGACCAACAUGAUCGUCUACAUCAUCUGUGGGGUGGUGGCCAUCAUGGUGCUGGUGGGCAUCUUCACCAAGCUGGGUCUGGAGAAGGCCAGGGGACCUCAGACAGAGAUGAACAUGUCCAGAGCCCUGACGGACCUCCUGAAGCAGCAAGGCAACUCCAGCAUUGACUGCAGCGAGCGUGAUGGGGGCACAGUACAGGUGCCCAUCUCCGACAGCCUGUCUCCGAGAUUACCGAGGAGCAGCACGGAGCCACCACACCUGAACAACGCCUGGGCCUCAUCGCCAGGUCUGGGGCCCAUGUGCCGUCCCCACCCCCACAGCAACGUGUUGCAGCGUGUGCCCAGCGCCCCCCACCACCCCGACUACAGCAAAUACGCCAGCCUGAAGGCCGUGGCAGAGACAGCGGUGGAGGAUUUCUACGGCAAGCGCUACCCGGUGAUGGAGCUGCCGGUGAGCGGCCGCUCGCUGCCGGCGGUGAAGGAUCGGCAGUCGGGGGAGCUGUGCGUCUUCCUCACCCCCACCGCCCGGCACAAGACCAAAGGCAGUCAGAUGAACACCCACCCGCACUUCAGCUCGGGCUACAAGGGCUGGGAGACGGUGGGCGUGGGAGCGGGGCAGGGCGCAGGGCAGGGCGCGGGGCAGGGCGCGGGGCAGGGCGCGGGGCAGCGGCAGGGCUACGCUGCCAGGCGGCAGUACAGCAUCGAGCACCUCCCCGAGAUCUUCAGCCCACCCCUACACUACAAGCAGAGCCAGCACCACCUCUCCACCAACAGCAAGACCGAGGUGACAGUGUAGCCCCCCCACCCCCACCCCGCCCGCGUCUGUUGUCCCAAAGGC